AUGAAGUCUCUUGAUUGGUUUUUGCUACUCUUGAUCAUCGUUUUUACCGUUUUGAGAUCUGUCAAAGCUCAAAAUCAAGCAGGAUUCAUCAGCUUGGAUUGUGGAUUGGUGCCUAAGAACACAACAUACGUGGAGAAGACAACGAAUAUAACAUACAAAUCAGACGCGGAUUACAUCGACAGUGGAUCGGUCGGGAAAAUCAAGGAUGCAUACACGACUCUGUUUCAGCAACAGGUUUGGGCCUUGAGAAGCUUCCCUGAGGGUGAAAGAAACUGCUACAACGUCAACCUCACAGCGAACCGCAAAUAUCUGAUCAGAGGAACCUUUGUGUAUGGAAAUUAUGACGGCUUGAAUCAAUUCCCAAGCUUUGAUCUUCACAUUGGUGCUACCAAAUGGUCUUCUGUCAAAAUACUAGGAGUAACAAAUACUUCGAUGCAUGAGAUCUUCCAUGUUGUAACACAAGAUAGUCUUCAAGUUUGUCUUGUCAAGACAGGACCGACCACACCAUUCAUUUCCUCACUGGAAAUUCGUCCAUUGAACAAUGAUAGUUAUAACACACAAAGCGGAUCAUUGAUGUUGUUCGCCAGAAUAUACUUCCCGUCCCAAUCAUCAUCGUUCAUCAGGUACGAUGAGGACAUACGUGACCGAGCGUGGCUUCCGUUCUCAGAUAAUGAAACCAUGUCGAUAAGCACCGACCUCCCGAUCGGUACAAAUAACUUCUACGAUGUUCCUCAAGCCGUGAUGAAGACUGCUGCUAUACCUGCAAAUGCUAGUAAGCCAUGGUACUUAUGGUGGACUCUUGAUGACGUCUCUGCGCAGUCAUAUGUAUACAUGCAUUUCGCCGAAAUACAGAAUCUAAAAGCCAAUGAUAUCAGAGAAUUCAACAUUACUUACAACGGUGGCUUAAGUUGGUAUGACUAUUUUAGGCCUCCAAAACUCAGCAUUUCAACCAUCUUCCAUUCAAUACCUGUGAAUUCUCCUGAUGGGAAGUAUAACUUCACAUUCACAAUGACGGGUAACUCAACUCUUCCUCCCCUUAUCAACGCCCUAGAGAUUUAUACAGUUGUAGACAUUACACAGCUUGGGACAGAUAAGGGUGAAGUUUCUGCUAUGAUGAACAUCAAGAAGACUUAUGGUUUGAGCAAAAAACUAAGCUGGCAAGGAGAUCCCUGUGCUCCUCAGGUUUACCGGUGGGAAGGUUUAAAUUGCAGUUAUCCGGACUCCGAGCCAUCGCUGAUCAUAUCCUUGAGCCUGAAGGAGAGCGAGUUGACCGGUACCAUAACAUCUGAGAUAUCCAAGCUAACAACUUUGAAAGAGCUAGAUUUAUCAGAUAAUGAUUUAUCAGGAGAGAUUCCAGCGUUUUUCGCUGAUAUGAAGUUGUUGAAACUCAUAAACUUAAGCGGAAACCCAAAGCUUAAUCUCACAGUUCCACACUCUCUUCAGGAAAGGGUAAACAGCAAAUCUUUAACUCUAAUUUUGAACCCGACUCUCAAAGGCGAGGGUAAAAAGGUUCCAGUGAUUGCCAUCGCAGCGUCAAUGGCUGGCGUGUUCGUUCUGCUAGUUAUCUUGGCCAUCUUUUUCGUCGUUAGAAAGAAGAAACCGAAAAGUACUACGGCUCCAGGACCCCAAUCAGUCACUGCCCGUAUAGUUAAGACUGAGACCAUCCAAUCCAAUCCAUCAAUCAUAACAAAGGACCGCAGGAUCACGUAUCCCGAGGUAUUGAAGAUGACUAAUAACUUCGAGAGAGUUCUUGGGAAAGGAGGCUUUGGAACAGUGUAUCAUGGAAACUUGGACGGUACUCAAGUAGCUGUGAAAAUGCUCUCUCAUUCAUCAGCUCAAGGGUAUAAGGAGUUCAAAGCAGAGGUGGAGCUUCUUUUAAGAGUUCACCAUAGACAUUUGGUGGGACUUGUGGGUUACUGUGAUGAUGGAGAUAACUUGGCUUUGAUCUAUGAGUACAUGGCAAAUGGAGACCUGAGGGAGAAUAUGUCAGGAAAACGCGGAGGUAAUGUCUUAACCUGGGAAAACAGGAUGCAAAUAGCUGUAGAGGCAGCACAAGGAUUGGAGUAUCUGCACAAUGGAUGUAGACCUCCUAUGGUCCAUAGAGAUGUGAAAACUACCAACAUCUUAUUGAAUGAGCGGUCUGGAGCAAAACUAGCUGAUUUUGGGCUCUCCAGAUCUUUCCCAAUCGAUGGUGAAUGCCAUGUCUCGACAGUGGUUGCGGGGACACCUGGUUACCUAGACCCGGAGUACUACAGAACAAACUGGCUAAGCGAGAAAAGUGACGUGUACAGCUUCGGGGUAGUGCUGCUAGAGAUAGUCACAAACCAGCCUGUGAUAGAUAAAACCCGAGAGAGACCACACAUCAAUGAGUGGGUUGGGUUCAUGCUCACCAAAGGAGACAUCAGGAGCAUCGUUGACCCGAAACUGAUGGGGGACUAUGAUACAAACGGUGCGUGGAAGAUUGUUGAGCUGGCUCUGGCUUGUGUGAACCCGUCUUCGAACCGGAGACCAACUAUGGCUCACGUUGUGAUGGAGCUAAAUGAGUGUGUGGCCUUGGAAAUUUCAAGGAGACAAGGUGGUGAAGAGAUGUACUCAAUGGCUUCAGUUGACCAUAGUCUCUCUUCUGCUUCAGAGUUUGCCCCUGGAGCCAGAUAA